AUAUAAAUUACUCAAGAUUAGAUUUAUGGAUAUAAAGUAAAAUUCAAUUCAUGCAUGAAAGAGGAUGUGUGAGCUGAAUGUGAGUCUUACCAAAUGGGGGAGGGAAUAAACAUAACUUUUUCUCGCAUAAUAAGUAUAUUUUUCUUUUAAUUGAUUAGUUAUAGUAUACGAAAUAUUAAAAUAUUAAUCAAAUUAUUAAUAUUAUAUGAAAUUUAAACGGAACUGAAAUCGGUGUGUAAAUGAUUAAACCUAUGACACCUGUAAUCUGAAGUAAGACUACUUAGAAAUAAGCAAUAACUGUGCAAACGGAAGCAUUUAAAAUACUGAUAAGCCCAUAUUAUCUUCUCGAUCCGUAUGUGAAAUAAUAUCCAUUUCUCCUUCUUCCUGUAAUUUCGACAAUUCAGAAAUUUUUACUUCCGGAAAUUUAACUGCUUGCAUUUCAUUUUUUUAAACAAAAAAAAAAAAAAAAAAAAAAAAAAAAAAAGAGUCGAAAUGCCAUUAUAUGCUAUAUUCUCAAGUUUUGAAAAGCAAUUAUUUUAUGAAAACCAAAUUGAACUUUUGAAAACAUGGAGCGAACGAAUACUUUCAGGCAGAAAACUGCCGUGCUCGCAAAAAGUGCGCGUUUCUCCUUGUGACGUUAAAUGCGCAGAGAUCACAUGUUUCCUAGCAACCAAUCAGUUCAGGGCAAACGUAAAACCUAUGCCAUGCCCUUAUGUACGAGCUCCAUUGAAGAAGUCACAGACUUUUUUUUUUUCAAGAGAUCAUCCGCUAAAUUUAACAUCCAACGUUAAGUUUCUCAUAUAUUUAAGGCUAUCUGCUGAAUAGGCGCAAGAGAAUCAAACGCAUUUUCCGUAAACCUAUAAACUCUUCUUGAUGUUUACCUGUACUUGGCAAACACUUAUGUGAGGACAAAGUAAGGAUUCUGCUCGAGUGAUCGUACUCAGCUCUUUUGAAAUGGAGUACUCAUUAAAUGGAACCAUAGAAAGCGGUAUGCAGGGACUGAUGCACUACAUAAAAUCAGCGAUAGAACAGGGAAUCGACGUGAAGAAUUACAUCUUAAAUAAAUAUCCUUCUUUAGAAGAGGGAUCUUUUGAAGAGGAAACGUAUGAUUUCCUAAAAGCUCCCGCUCUAGAUAAUAAAAAAGUACCUGAAAAUUUAGAAGACUUAUGGAAACUACUUAAAGUAUAUAACAUGGCUUUCGGUGAAAUGAAGAAAGCUGCAAAUGAAGACGAAGAAGAGGAAUAUCACAGUCAUUUAUCAUAUAUGUUUGUUAAUAAUAGCACAAUAUUAGAACAUCUAUAUCAAUACCUGGGAAGAGAAGUCCUUCCUCCAGAUGACAUUCCUGAAGAGUUCUGGGAGUUUGAAAAAUCGGAUUCCGUAGUCCGAGAUCUUAUAAUCUUAAAAAGGUACAUAGACUUCCUCUCAUUAAUUCUAAACACAUUAAAAGAAAUAAAACCCGUCGAACUUUCUUAUCUAGAGGAUUUCAUACUGUCGACUGGUAUAUGAAUGCAGAUGUGUCAACGAAAAAAAAUUCCUUUAUUAUACUUAUGUAUGGCGAGCACGUCCACAUGCGUUUUAUGCAUUCAUAGUUCAUGAUUUUAUUAUUAAAGGUAUAAAUAUAAGGCAAGAAAUUGCAGAUCUAAAGCUUAGACUUGGGGGGGGUCUGCUUAUUACCUCUUUUAUUUGAUGCUUUUAGCUUUUUAAAUUGGAAAGACCAAAUAUUCUGCAAUUAUAUUACUUAUAAAAUUAUUAUUUUAUGAGUCUGAUAAAAGAGAUUUUACAUAGACUAGCCUCUACAAGAAGCACACCGAUUUAUAAAUGUGUACAAUCUCUAAUAAUAAAGAGCAAAGGAUCUUUCGUUCUAAUUAAUUUAGUUUAGACAAAGUUUAUUAGUGCUACAUUUUGUACUUUUUACCGCUUAUCUAAUGCAUUUUUAUGAAUUUUUAAUUGCUUUCAUGAACAGGAUUAACAGGUAUUUGCCCCGUUAAUCCUGAAUCCUACGUGACACGUAUAUCUGAAAGAUUAACGGGUAUUUGACAAACUCUUUAAAAUUUGCCUCGAUACCCUGUAGCUCUGUAUUCCUGUGACUAAUACCAUUGAUGGCAAGCACUCUUUACAGUCAGUGCAGGAAACUGAACCUAAACCGUAACAAAGUAAGCAAUUUCUAGAAAUGAUGUGGUAUGUUAUUUUUCUUAUUUCAUAUUAUUCUGUCAUAAAUUACUUUGGAAGUACCUUUACCUAUCGCACUAUCAUGUAAUGCUAUAAAAGAUCACUGAAAAAAGAUGGAUCUGAUUUUUAACAAUUUUAUUAGAAAAACGUUUGAAUCAACUUAAGAAAUUUUUAUUACGAAAUAAACUCGAAAUUUUAAAUUUACAUUUAUCAUAUGAUUUGUAAAUUUCAAUAUGAACUCCAUUGAUUCCACUCUUCAGAUGUCAAAGCGAUGAUUUCUUUCCAUCCACACACGCUGGAUCAUAUCUUGUGUGAUUGUAUAUCAAUGGCAACAAUGUGAUUAUUUUGCAACGAGUGGUUGAGUCUCGUAAACACUUGCCAAAAAUUGUGUUGAACAGUUACAAAGAUUUAAAUUCUACGUGCCAUAACAAGUACUACGUACUGAGCUCUUUGUAGCACGGCCUCUGAGUCUGUGUGAAAUCUCUGGUUAAAGAGGAUGACACUCAUUAAAUACUGCUCAGCAAAACUUCUGCAUAUGGUUAAGAUAACCUUUUCCCUCCCAAUGGUGAAAACUUAGACAUUUUGCUCAUUAUUUUGAUAUAAAAACUGCAAAAAUUCCUUUAAGAUAAAGCGUAAAUAGUAAUUUAAAAUCAGAUCCAUCUUAUUUAAGGAUUCUUAAUAUCAAGUCUAGGUGAGUUAUACUUUAAUAACUAAAUCAUGUAUAACACUUAUAAGGCAUUAUUACCUCUUGUUACUUGUGGGUUACAGAAAGUCAACAAAAACUGCUCCUGAUAGGUAAAAUGUAUAAUUAAGAAAUUCUAAUUUAACAAGUCAAAUUUAGUUUACGCCGGGAACUGCUUUACACAUUACUAGCCGCUACCUGUCAAAAUUCAGAAUUUACCACUUACCACUCGCAGUCCUCUUUCAUUUUCAGCCAACGGGGAUUGUGAGAGACAUAUAAGUACUAACAAUAGUAGUUAAAGUUAACGUAUUAUUACAAGCUAUUGUUUAACUCGUGCAAGCUACUGUUUAACGCCUUAAGUUAACGCACAUUAUAUAUAUUACCUUGUCUCUAACCUCGUCUUAUUGUUUGCUUUGUAAUUUCGGUACUUUUCCGUUUCGCCGGCACAAAUCUCGCCAAGCAGACUUUGUUGGCGACAGCAUACAGUAUACACAUAAAAAAUUUUAGUUCUAAGAAUUGUUUAUUUUGAAGGCA